GUUCCGACACCGUCAGCAUAUUGCUUGGUAACGGCAACGGAACAUUUCAGGGUCAAGUAACAUAUGAAACUGGGAAUGAUCCAAAUUCUGUGACAACAGGGGAUUUCAAUGGUGAUAACCGAACUGAUUUCGCUGUUGCAAAUUAUGGUGGUACCACCGUCAGUAUAUUCCGCGGUAACGGCGAUGGAACAUUUCAAAGUCAACCCACAAAUAGUGCUGCGAAUUAUCCAUAUUCUCUGACAAGAGGUGAUUUCAAUGGUGAUAAUCGAACUGAUUUGGCUGUGGCAAAUAAGGGUUCCGACACCGUCAGCAUAUUGCUUGGUAACGGCAACGGAACAUUUCAAAUUCAAGUUACAUAUGAAACAGGGUGUUCUCCAUAUUCUGUGACAACAGGUGAUUUCAAUGGUGAUAAUCGAACUGGUUUGGCUGUCGCAAAUUUCGCUAAUAACACCGUAACUGGGGCUUUUCCAUAUGCUGUGACAACAGGGGAUUUCAAUGGUGAUAACACAAUUGAUUUGGCUGUGGCAAAUUCCGCUGAUAACACCGUCAGCAUACUGCUCGGUAACGGCGACGGAACAUUUCAGGGCCAAGUGACAUACGGAACCGGAAAUGCUCCAUAUUCUGUGACAACAGGGGUUGUCAGUGGUGAUAACACAACUGAUUUGGCUGUCGCAAAUGCGGGUUCUAAGAACAUGAGUGUAUUGCUCGGUUACGGCAACGGAAAAUUUUAUUGUCAAGUCACAUAUGCAACUGAUAAUUAUCCAUAUUCUGUGAUAACAGGUGAUUUCAAUGGUGAUAAUCGAACUGAUUCGGCUGUCGCAAAUUCCGGUGAUAACACUCUCAGUAUAUUCGGCGGUAAGGGCGACGGAACAUUUCAAAGUCAAGCUACAUAUGCAACCGGGUUGUACCCAAUUUCACUGACAACAGGUGAUUUCAAUAGUGAUGGCAGAACUGGUCUGACUGUUGUAGAUAGUGGUGAUAACAGCAUCGUUAUAUUUGUUGGAGCCUGUGCUUGA